AUGCAGCUGUUCAUUUCUGUAUGCUUGUUUUUCUUUUCUUCUUCUUCUUGGGUAGAUUCCAAAUCCAUCCCAACUGUUAGUGCUGACGAAUUAUACUCUACGCUUUCUUUUUUCACAUCUUACUACACUGGUGAAGAAGCACUCAUUGGCAAGUCACCAAACAACACUCGUUAUUACAACUUUGUUCGCAAAUCCGCCAGAUUACAAAUCCAAGACCAUCGCAAAACCAAUGACUCUUGUGUCUACCGAGUGCGAGGCUACUUGCUCGUCCAGUUUCCGUACUGGUACGGUGGCACGGAUCACAGCAGGGCACAAGGGAUGAUCAGAUUCUGGCUAGAUGGUUUGUGGUCUGAUAAGAGCAGGCAUCUUAUGAUGGUUGGAUCUGCUUCUUGGGUGGUUGAUGGCAAUCCCAUCAUUCUUGAUGCUGUUCUUGACACUGCCAAGGCUAAUCCAACUCUUUUCAAUUCCUACAUAAGUGGGGGCUUGAGCAGCACUGUUUGUGCCCCUCCUGGCUAUUUCGACCCGUUAUCCAUAUUCAGUUUCCCACAGCUUGCAUCGUACAACUAUUCGCUUCUUUCUCGAGUGUGUCAUGAAGCUGACAUGUUUUCUGGUGCUGGCCAUGACCAAUGUUGGGUGUUCACAGGAGAAAAAAUAGUUUUGGAGGUGGAUAAUGGUUCCUUUCUGCGCUUCACUCCGAUCCAGUGCUCUCCACUGCAGAGAAAGAUGAGGUACAUUGCCACAUUUCAGAAUACCACGUAUGGUCAAGACUUCGGCCUCAACUCCUCUGUCAUUGGGGAGGCGUUUUGGGACAAUGACAAGAGAGAGCUUUUAGGCGUUGCGUGCAGAUUACUAGAUCCGUUGAAUCGCUCUGCUGAUGAGAAAGCGGACUGUAGGAUGAGGUUGAGCCUCAGCUACACUUCAGUCUUCACCAUCAUAAAUGAGCCCAAACUCGUUGGCUGGUAUUGGAGCACUAGACACAUCCAUGACUCUAGCUACUUUGGAUCUGUUAAUCUCACAAAAUCUGAUGGAUUUGGCAUCAUCACCCUCCCAGAAGUGAGAUACGUGUACACAAAAUUGGGUCAAGUGAGAAGAAGCUCAUGCGCCGCAAAAAGAGUGGGAAGAACACAUAUUCUGAUAAAAUGCAACUUGAUCUGUCUCUACAUAAUUCAAGAGGCCAACAAAUCGCAUGGGCAACUCAAGUAUGGCUCUCUGUUUACCAGUCUCAAUUGGUCAAUGAAUGCAAAUGAUCAAGUUGAGAUCAGAGCUGAAGGAGUUUAUGAUGCUGAAACCGGAUGCCUCUGCAUGGUUGGGUGCAGGAACAGCGACUGUGAGAUUCUCGUGACACUCGAGUUUUCUCAAGCCAAGGGAAGCAUCAAGAGUACGCGAGCCAAAACCGACCCUCUCUACUUCCACGACAUGACAAUGCAGUCCGUUAUCUAUUACAUGGAGGAGGGUGCGCGCACGACAUGGAGAAUAAUAGACUUGGAGACGGCGAUGGUGUUGGUAUCCAACGCUCUGACAUGCGUAUUCGUAGCACUGCAGAUUAAUCAUGUGAAAAGAUAUCCUAAGGUGGCAUCCUCCAUUUCUGUAUUGAUGCUUGUGAUACUGUCGGUGGGGCAGUGGCUGCGGCUGGUCCUGAGCAUGGAAGGAGACGUGCACCGUGGAAGGGCUGAAGCUGAUCUAGCGGAGGUUAGGCUGAGCUCAUUGGUGGCGCUGUUAAUGCAACUGCGGCUCGUCCAGUUAGUAUGGGAGAGAGAAGUGAAUGGGAAUAGGGAGAGGAGGGCAGGUUGUGCAUUGCUGAUGUUGUAUGUUGCAGGUGGAUUGCUUGCUUUUGUGAUGAAUGGGAGAGGAAGCAGCAGCAGCAGCAAGUAUUUCAGUGUGUGUGUGGAGAGGUUUAAAGAGCUAUGGUGGUGUGAUUGUUGA